AAAAUUAGAAAAGAUGAAAUAACAAAUCUCUCUCUCUAACUCUAACCUCUAUCUAUCUUUCUCUGUCUCUGUACUAGAAAUCUAGAACUGCAAAGAAUCCCUCUCAUUCUCAUUUUCCUCCACAGAUCUCUCUCAUCAAACCCUAAUCUCAGGUUGAUCGUAUCCAUCCACAAAGCCAUUUUCUCAAUUUCUGUUAUCAUUAUUGUUUAUUCAUUCAUCUACACUGAUCGAUGAUUCUGGAACAUUCAUGAGUCUCUUUCUUCAUGGACCACCACCACCCUUACCAUGCCUGAGCUGCGGCCCCGACCACGCAGAAACCGCCUCUUAGACAACGCAAAUCCCAAUCCGAUCACUCAACCACACUCGCCGGAGCCCGCCGGAGCCCGCCGGAGCCCGCCGGAGGAGGACAGCUGCUGCCGCUCCAACAAGGAGGAAUCAGAGACAGAACAACGCGAUCGCCGCCGAUGAUGAAAUUGUGAACGCCGGUGCUGUGCGUGGUGCAAGAGGCAGGAGGUUGAAAGACGAACAGGGAGCGGAGAGGGAGAAGGAGCAGUCACUGGUUAGGGUUUUGGAAGAGGAAGACAUGGAUGAGUACGAUAGUGGUGGCCGCAGUGCCGAUAAGGCUCCGGGAGCUGAUGACGAAGGCACGGCAGCUCCUAUUCCGGAGAAGGUCCAAGUUGGUGGUUCCCCUUUGUACAGAAUUGAUAGGAAACUUGGGAAGGGAGGAUUUGGGCAGGUUUAUGUUGGUCGGCGGGUAGGAGCUAUGAAUUCUAGUGAACGAGGUGGGGCUGGUGCUGUUGAGGUAGCCUUAAAGUUUGAGCAUAGAAGCAGCAAGGGGUGCAAUUAUGGACCUCCAUAUGAGUGGCAGGUUUACAAUGCAUUGGGUGGUAGUCACGGUGUUCCACGAGUUCAUUACAAGGGACGGCAAGGUGACUACUAUAUUAUGGUCAUGGAUAUGCUUGGUCCUAGUUUGUGGGAUGUUUGGAAUAACAACUCACACACGAUGUCAACUGAAAUGGUUGCAUGUAUUGCAAUUGAGGCCAUCUCCAUAUUAGAGAAGAUGCAUUCUAGAGGAUAUGUGCAUGGUGAUGUAAAACCUGAGAACUUUUUGCUUGGACCCCCUGGAACUCCUGAUGAAAAGAAGUUAUUUCUGGUUGAUCUUGGAUUAGCAACUCAGUGGCGUGAUAGUUCGACUGGCCUUCAUGUUGACUAUGAUCAACGACCAGAUGUUUUUAGGGGCACAGUUCGUUAUGCUAGUGUGCAUGCUCAUCUUGGUAGAACAGGUAGCAGGAGAGAUGACUUGGAAUCUCUUGCUUACACUCUUGUCUUCCUUCUUCGUGGUCGGCUACCUUGGCAAGGAUAUCAGGGAGAAAAUAAAGGAUUUCUUGUCUGCAAGAAAAAGAUGGCCACUUCUCCAGAAACAUUAUGUUGCUUUUGUCCUCAACCAUUCCGGCAUUUUGUUGAAUAUGUAGUGAAUUUGAAGUUUGACGAAGAGCCAAACUAUGCAAAAUAUAUAUCCCUUUUUGAUGGAAUUGUGGGCCCAAAUCCAGACAUCAGGCCAAUAAACACUGAGGGUGCUCAGAAGCUUAUAUGUCAGGUUGGACAUAAGCGGGGCCGAUUGACUAUGGAAGAGGAUGAUGAUGAACAACCGAAGAAGAAGGUUCGAAUGGGAAUGCCUGCUACCCAAUGGAUUAGUGUUUACAAUGCUCGUCGACCAAUGAAGCAAAGGUAUCAUUAUAAUGUUGCUGAUGUGCGGCUGGCUCAACAUAUUGUUAAAGGAAAUGAAGAUGGUUUAUUUAUAAGCAGUGUGGCUUCUUGUUCUAAUCUUUGGGCACUCAUUAUGGAUGCUGGCACUGGUUUCACUGCACAAGUUUAUGAACUCUCUCCCUACUUCCUUCACAAGGAAUGGAUUAUGGAACAGUGGGAGAAGAAUUAUUACAUUAGUGCCAUAGCUGGAGCUAGUAAUGGAUGCUCAUUGGUUGUAAUGUCUAAAGGUACCCAAUACUUGCAGCAAUCAUAUAAAGUCAGCGAUUCAUUUCCGUUUAAGUGGAUCAAUAAAAAAUGGAGAGAAGGAUUUUAUGUCACUGCUAUGGCCACUGCUGGCACUAGAUGGGCUAUUGUUAUGUCCCGUGGUGCUGGUUUUUCAGACCAGGUUGUGGAACUUGAUUUCUUGUAUCCCAGUGAAGGCAUUCAUCGAAGGUGGGAUAAUGGUUAUCGCAUCACCUCAACUGCUGCUACUUGGGACCAAGCUGCAUUUGUUCUUAGUGUCCCAAGAAGAAAACCAGCUGAUGAAACUCAGGAGACACUCCGCACAUCUGCUUUUCCUAGUACCCAUGUCAAGGAAAAAUGGGCAAAGAACCUCUAUAUUGCAUCUAUUUGUUACGGGAGAACAGUGUCAUAAACUGCUGAAAUUGAGGUUUCUGGCUGACAUCAGUUUGACUGCUGGCACAAUCCUGCUUGCUCUUACAUCUUCCUAGUUGGGAACUGAAGAUCAUCUCUGACAAAUUUUCUGAACAAUUCAGUUCAGCAUUGAUGUAUGCUAAACUCUCUUUAUGGUCACCAUCACAUAUCAUGAUGCAAAACCUGUGCACUGUAUUUCAAUUUUGUCAAAAAAAUACUUGAGUAAAAUUAGAUUAUGUCAAUUGGGAAGAGUCUUUUGAUAUAAAGUUUGUACAGAUCUGAACAGUAAUUACUAUGUUGAAGGCAUGUGCACAGGUUAGGUUUUUGUUUAUUGAUGGUAUUUUGCAAAUAUGCAACUAAGAUUUUCCAGUGGGAACUGGGCAAUUCAAGCUGUGCACCCUUGUACUUGGUCCUCUUUAUCCCUAUCACUUUUGACUUAAAGCUACUUAUGGGUGUCUGGAUUUGACCAACAGAAAGUUUUAUAUUCUGACAGUGGUUUGUAAUUGUUUAAUCAUUAUUAUUGCUUCUGAUGUUGUCUUUCUAUGAUAAUUUCCUUCCAAUGCUGUUCAGUUUGUGGGUACAUCUCAUGAAAUUUAAAUGGGAUUAGUAUUUAGUAUGAUUGAAAUGAAGGAUGAGGAUGCUUUAGUUUCAGCUUUUUUUUGUUUUGCUUUUUGAAAAUUGUUUUUCUAGUGUCAGUUUUUUAACUUUGAAUACCUUACCAUGACUGUUUCAAGUUGGAAGGUUGUGGUUUCUACAUUCUAAAAGUUCAGAGGCUGCAAAUAUUUUCCAUUUAUUUGUGUAGGUAAUGAUGACUUUGAAAUUUACACCUCUUGUUCUAACGAUUUUUUGCUUCCAGUAUCCAAAGUCUACAUGUUAGGCUUCUCCUGGUCAGUCCUUCUACAUGACUGGGUGCUCAUUUUAUUUUGUUCUAACACCGAACAUUGAAAGAUGCACUUAUGAUUUUUUUGAGAAGUUGGCUAUCAUGGAAGCUCAUCUUGGGAGAUAACUUGUGUACCUCUUCUUUAUUGAUUUGUGUAUUUCCCGAGUUACUUGAACAUAUGAGGCAGAUUUUGGUUGGUCCUGGCAAUGAUUAUGUUGCUGGAGCAACCCAUAUGUCAAGUAAGUCAGAAGCUGUUCAAGGAACUAUUUGCCGUGUCCCCUGGCUAUUCCACAAACGGAAAGGCACAAGUCCAAAUUGACAUAAAUUCAUCCUACUGUUCAAUAGUCAAUACCUUCGAUUCAGGUAUUGAGAAAGCGGGUGCAUUAUUCCGAGUGAGGCAUGAAGGGUGAGAAGUUCGGGGUUCUAUCGCCUGUUCUCUAUUUUUUUGUGGCUUUUAAAGUGAAGAAAUGUAUUUUGGAAGAUAAAUUGUAUACAACCGCUCAAAAAUUAGUAGUUAUGAUAUAAAUUGUAUAUAAUAAACUUUGAAGUUGGUUAUAAUUUGCUUAUCAAAAAAAAAAAAAAGUUGGUUAUAAUUUUAAUUAUUAAUUUUUAAUUCACGGUUGAUUGUUUUA